AUGGCUUCAAUAGACCCAAUAACAGUGGAUCUCACAACAUUCUGGGUUGAACGCGACCCAUCCAGCCUCUACUGCUUGUCCUGCGGCAAGUCCUUCGAUGACGACGCUCUUAUCCGUACUUUCACCGUUCAAAAUGGACCUUCUUCUGGUGAUUUGACAUGUAGCAAAGCCGUCGAUUUGCCAUCGGGUCGCAGAGUCUCACUAUUUGACCGACACUUGAAAUGUAUUAGCCAAGACGGAAUAGCCUUCGCAGCAGUUUCUCACGUCUGGAACACCCACGUUUCAAAGGCCCAACAGCAAGGCAUGCACUCUCCACAAUGUCGCGAGGCCAUAGACGUUGUCUCAGACGUUCCAAUCAAGAUCUUUGAAGGGUUUCAAAAGAGCGUUCAAACCGGGGAAUGGGAGUUCUGGCACGACUACUUCAGCGUCCCCCAGUGGAACAACAGUCUUAAAACCAGAAUCUUAAUUUCUAUCCACAACGUGUUCAGUAAAGCAGAUCAUGUUAUUUUCCACUUGGACGAUAUAACUCCUGGCAUGGUAUCAAAUUUGUAUUAUGGCGCGACUGCUGAAGAUCGGGUUACGGCUGUGAUCGGCAUCUGCAGAGCCAAAUGGUACUCACGCAUGUGGACAGCGAUGGAGCUUACCAGGAGCGAACGUACGAGAACAAUGAUUUCCGAUUACACACUGUCCAGCGACACGGACGAUGCAGUAUUCUUGAGAAAAUUGCGGGAAGUUUCCGACGCGGAACUGAGCAAGUUUCCUACAGUUCACCACUACGCAGAACAUUACUGGCACCUCAUGCGUGGUAACAGCGUAGAUUGGCCUAUCGGCCUAGGCCCAUUGCUGAAGGUCAAAGAUCUCAAGCGAACCAAUUUCGCACAUGCCUUUGUGACACUGUCACAUCGCGGCUGUCGAGAUCGGAUGGACUUCAUGCAUGGAUUGAGGGGCAUUGUCGUGGGCGCCAGAGAGAGACCCCUUGAGAUGGAGUUUUGGCAAGAGUUCCGGCGGACGGCUCGAGAGUGUCUACUUGCCAAAGAUUACAGCCCUCUGUUAAUUACGCCCGUCGUGAAGAUGGAAGACCUUCGUCUGAGCAAGGAUCCACGGGGACUGAUAAACACAACAUACCAUGAUUAUUGGACGUGGGAGCUUGGCGAAGAGGAACAUGAGCCGUCGUUUACCCAAGAAAUAGUCGUGGACGAACUGAAGAACAGGGUAACAGCUCACUUUCAGCGCAUCGGCUUCGUGGCCACCAUUCACGUCGUAAAAGACGAAGCGUGGCAUACUGAUGCCUUACUUGACUUUGCGAGGUGCGCCAUGUUGACUCUGCGUUUCACCGGCCCAGAUCUGCCAGCUUUUAUUGCCACUCUGGGAACCAGGUUAUAUGGCGAAGACGCCAGCUUUAUUGUAUCGCAAUUAAAAGAGAGCGAGCAAUUCGAAAAGUUGAAGAAUGUUUUGAAGCAGCGAUAUGACGAUCUGUACACCAAACACUGGGAUAUAGAAGGGGAAACCGGGGCCCGGUGGCUUGCGGACGUCAUGACGCUGUCGAGCAUAGCACCGGGGUUUUCGGAGAGUCGCCUCGCCCUCUAUGGUGCUCGCUAUGGUACCAUGCACUGUUUUCCGUAUGAUUGCAUCACCGCAAUUACUUGUACGUUCUGUAGUGUGACGUCUCUCUUCCGCACGGCAGCCUUCGUGCCCUUAGCAGAGUUGAGACACGCCGUGGCCUUUCGCAUUCCGGGACUGAAAUACCGCAUGUCAAUAGCGAACGGCAUGGCAUUCUUCAAGAAAGGCACGCGUGUCGUCGGCCGGAUGUUGUGGGCGACGCCGGCUUGUGAAUGCUUCCAAAUGGAGCGGGUGACUGUGGAGUUACCUGAUUUCUUUCCGCCUCGAAGCGGCAAGGAAGUGUGCUAG